AAUAAAAAAAAUAAUGGAAUAUAAAAAAAAUAAAAUAAAAAUAAAAAGCCCAAUAGUAUAGUAUAGACUAUAGGAGCGCAUCCAGUUCCCAUUAUACCAAGCCCUCAAUUUUCUCUCUCCUCGGCGGAGGUUCCCCAGCUUCUCUCUCCACAUGGACCCACCACCACCACUCUCCGCCGCCGCGGUGGUGUCUGCACCACCGCAUCUCAACUACCCCGAUUCAGGUGGCUCCUCCCCUCGCUCCCGUAACACCGAUUCCUGGGAUGAGCAGUCAAUGCCCACCGCCCUAGGCGGCGGCGGCGGCGCCAAGUUGCGGUUGAUGUGUAGUUACGGCGGGCGCAUAGUUCCCCGCCCACACGACAAGUCUCUCUGCUACGUCGGCGGUGACACGCGCAUGGUGGUGGUGGACCGCAACAGCACCCUCUCCGAUCUCACCAAUCGACUCUCCAAAACCCUCCUCAACGGCCGAUCAUUCAACCUCAAAUACCAACUCCCAAACGAAGACCUCGAUUCCUUGAUCUCCGUCACCACCGACGAAGACCUCGACAACAUGAUCGAAGAACACGACCGCCUCACCAACACCACCACGACUGCCAGCAAAUCUUCUCGCGUCCGCCUCUUUCUCUUUCCAUCGAAAUCCGAUUCCGCUUCCUCAAUUGGGUCUCUGCUGGAGAAUUCUACCAAGUCCGAGGAUUGGUUCCUGAACGCCCUCAAUGGAGCAACCGAUGGGUUUUCCGAUGCGGCAACGAUGAAUUGCUUAUUGGGUCUCGGCGAUGAUGUGUCGAACUCGUCGGGGAAGGACGUAGAAGCACAGCUCGAAUCGUUUGGUAAGGUUAAAGGGGUUAGUGGUAGUAAUAGUGGCAAGUCGGGUGUUCAGGAUGUUCAAUCGGUGCCCGAUUCUCCAAUGAUGGAGAAGAAUUCGUCGUUCGGCUCGACUUCGUCUUCUCCGUCGCUGGCGAAUUUGCCGCCGAUUAGGGUUCAUGUGGAUGAUCAGAAGGUGGCGGCUGGGGAAAUUGAGGAGCAGUUUGCGCAGAUGAGUGUUGGCGCGAAGCAAGAUCAAGAUCAUGGGGGUCUAGGGGUUUUGGCUUCGCAGCAGCCUGCUACUGUGUUGACUUCUGCUGCUGCUGCUAUGGGUGUGCCGGUGGGGACUACAAUGGUUUCCGAUGAGUAUCCGAAUUGGGUUUUCUCAUAUGAUGAAAGAUCAGAGCAGGGGAUACCAAUUGGGUAUCGUACACAAGCCCAGCCACCGCCACAGCCAAUGCCAAUGCCAAUGCCUCCACAAUCGCAGCAGCUGAAAACAAGUGGGGGUCUUGAUUUGCAAUCCCCAGAGUCAGUUUCAAGUGAUGGUAGUAUACCAAACCAAAUGUCUCAUGAAAGACCUAUGAUUUAUCAAGACCAAGUUGUUCAAAUUACCUCUAGAAACAACAGGAUUUCAGUUAACCCCGUUGAUCCCAAUUUGUCUGAUCCCAACUCUAGGGUUCAGAUGAAACAACUUCAAGACUCUGGAUAUGUAUUGGUAAACCAAUUUGAGCAACAACAUCAGCAAUUGAAUCCACAACAACAACAUUUCAUUCAAGCUGGAACACAGUACAUCCACCAUCACCCAACUGGGGCGGUGCCAAUCACAUCUUACUACCCCAUGUACCCUUCCCAGCAACAACAUCAUCAUCAUCCACAUCCCCAUCAUGCACUCGAUCAGCAGUAUCCGGUGUACUACAUGCCCGCUAGAGACCCCCAGCCUUAUAACUUGUCAGUGCAGCAAAGUUAUGGUGAAGCAGCUGCAGCGAAUGCUGUCCCUUCUAGCCAGCACCAUACGCCAUCCCCUCCUGCCAUGAUCCCUCCUUCCGCAGCUGUGUACAAAACAGCAACUGCAGCGGCACCGCAAUUAGUCCAAGUACCUUCAACUCAGCAUCAACCACAAUAUGUUGGUUUUUCCCAGAUUCAUUAUCCAUCUCAGUCAGUUGCCCCUCCUUCCGGGGCUGCUACUGCUAAUUAUGCUUAUCAAUUUGCCGAUCCUGCACAUGCCCAAAUAUACUAUACUCAGCCCCUGGCACCUGAAAUGGCUGCUCAUUACCAAACCAUGGCGCCUGCCCCUUCGGCGGUGUUACCUGAAGUUUCUGAUCAGCAGCUCCCUACAGACCGCAUCAAACAGCAAAUCAGGACUACACAACCUUAAUUGGUGAGUUGGGUGAGGUGAGAAGAAACAAUUUUGCAGCAAUGGAUUUGGUUUACUAUAAAUUUACCUAUCUGUGAUGUUUGUCUUUCUAUUGGUACUGGUUUGUGGUAUGUAUUUAUGAUAGAUAAUAAGAAACUCAUGCUAUCUUCUUUUUCCUUCUCCUUUAUGUUGCUGUUAUUAUUGUAAAAAAAAUUAUGAGAGUGAGAUAAUUAUGUAAAUUGUCAAACACAAAUAUUGUCUGUCCAGUUCAUGUAUCAGUUAUUUAGUAAAUGUAAUAUAAUGUCAAAGAGCUUUGAUUUAGAA